CCACCAUGCCAAUCCCCCUCUCCACACUUUCUGCCUCCUUUUUCGCACCGUACUCGGACGGGAUACACAGCCGCGCAAUGGAGUCGGAAGGCAGCCAAAGUAACCUGUCCUCCUCGGACUCUCCGCACGACCCCUGUAAAAUGUUCAUCGGUGGUCUGAGCUGGCAGACUACGCAAGAGGGUUUGAAGGACUACUUCUGCAAGUUUGGUGAAGUGAAAGAGAGUAUGGUGAUGAGAGAUCCAGUUACAAAACGCUCGAGGGGUUUCGGAUUUGUCACAUUUGUUGACCAAGCUGGUGUGGACAAAGUCUUGGCCCAGUCCAGACAUGAGCUGGACUCGAAAACUAUUGACCCGAAAGUUGCCUUUCCGCGACGAGCGCAGCCCAAGUUGGUGACUCGGACAAAGAAAAUCUUUGUUGGAGGUCUGUCAGUGAACACUACUAUUGAAGAUGUAAAGCAGUACUUUGACCAGUUCGUCGAAAGUUCUCUUCCUGUCCUACAGGUGGAUGACGCCAUGCUUAUGUUCGACAAAACCACCAACAGACACAGAGGUUUUGGAUUUGUGACCUUUGAGAAUGAAGAUGUGGUGGAGAAAGUCUGUGAGAUCCACUUCCACGAAAUCAACAACAAGAUGGUGGAGUGUAAGAAGGCCCAGCCCAAAGAAGUGAUGUCACCCACAGGCUCUUCAAGAGGUCGUGCACGUGUCAUGCCCUAUGGGAUGGACGCCUUCAUGCUCGGCAUAGGAAUGCUGGGUUAUCCAGGGUUCCAGGCAGCAACAUAUGCGGGUCGCAGCUAUACUAGUCUCACACCAGGAUACACAUAUCAGUUCCCCGAAUUCCACUUAGAGAGGACCCCCCUUCUGACAUCACCCCACCCCUCUGAGCUCACAGCCAUUCCUCUAACGGCGUACAACCCCAUGGCGGCAGCCGCAGCAGCAGCAGCUGUGGUCAGAGGCUCAACUUCUUCUCGCUCAGCUGGGUUUUUAGGUACCAGCAGCCCUGGGCCGAUGGCAGACUUGUAUGGACCCGCCAAUCAGGACUCAACCAUCAGUAGCUAUAUCAGCGCUGCAUCCCCCGCCCCCAGCACUGGAUUCAGCCACAGCCUCGGGGGCCCUCUGAUUGCCACAGCAUUUACAAACGGCUAUCAUUGAAAUGAGUGACAGGUACAAGAGUAUUCAUGGUUCUGACGUCUCUUCCCCACAUCUUAAGGAAGGAUUUUUGAAGUGUGGUGAUUUCAAUUGAAUAUAACGGAUGCACUUUACGUGCCGCAGGGUUUCGUUAUUUUCUCAAGCUCUCUGUUUUUAGAUGACAUGAAUCAACCCUAAACUGGUGGAAUGUCGGCUGCAACACUAUUAAUGUGAUGUGACAUAUUUCCUGUUUUAUGAAUUACUGUCAUAUCAGUCUCUAAACUAACCUCCUGCUCCUCUUAUAUAGAGCUAAACCUGUAAGUAACUAGUUCAUUUCUCAGAUUAAAACGCUAACAACUUAAGUGUAUUUUUUUGUCUUAUUUUAUUUUUUCUCUCUCAGUUCUUGUUCAAGUUUUGUCUUUUUUUGUGAUGACAUUAUGUACAUGUAGGUUUUGUAACUGUAGAAAAGCAUUUUCAUUUUAACAGCAUAAGAGCAAUAAUCUGUGUCAAAACUGUUUGGAUCUUUGUAGCGUAUUUAAAAGACUAAAUCGCUUUCAGACACAUUUGGUACAUUUUCUACUGAAGAAUAUAGUGUGAUGGGAUGUCAAAAUGUAUAUUUUGUUAGUUUUGCAACUGGAUUUAUUACAUUGAUCAUGAAAAUAGCAGUAAUUAUAAGGAGAACAUAUUUCUCAGACUUAGAUUCGACCUUGUUUGUGUAAAAUAUUGUACAUACUACAAUCUUUUUGAUCUGGUGAGAUCUGUGUGAUUAAGAGAGUUUUUUACACUCAAGAACGCAAAAACAUGAUAAUCUGUGUCCAAAAAUGUUUAGUUUUUUUUCCCAUGAUUUGAUGAACUUGAACUUUUUGUUUUAUUUUGUUCAGUUUUUUUUUUUUUUUUUUUUUUGACAGAAGGCAAUGUGAAUGAUGCUACUGUUGUGUGUGUGUGUGUGUGUGUGUGUGUGUGUGUGUGUGUGUGUGUGUGUGUGUGUGUGUGUGUGUGUGUGUGUGUUUGAGAGUGAAAGCAUGUCUGGUGCUGUCAUGAUCUAAUGUAUUAUCUUCAGUAAGAUGUUUUAAAAUGUGAAGUGUAUCCCCUUUUUCCAUGCUGUUUUAUUGCUUUUACCAAGUUUAUAUCCAUAACACAAUUCCUUUAACCUCUUUAAGAGGUUUAAAGUGUUGUAAUAAUUGGAAUAUAAAUAUGCUUCAAUUAACUGAAGACUUUGGUACUGGUGGAGAAAAAAAAGUAGCAACACUAAUAUAACACUUUUUAUGAAGUAAACAGGAUGGCUGUUAUUAAUUGAAAGUUUUAAUGUUUCUUGUUUGAAGCUUGACCCUCUCUGAAAAAUGAAAUAAAAAAAUAUAAAAGUAAA